UCUAUUUUGAUAUCAUUUUUUAAUUUUACUGCAUUUUUAAUCAAACAGUUUUUUUUUGCAUUUAUUUUUGUGUAUUUUUAAUUUUUUUAAAAAAAAGAACACUGUCGUUCCCUGGGUGGCUCUGAUUUUCCCACCGAGAUUUCACACCAUGGAGUUCCCUUUUGAUAUCAACCUCCUUUUCCCCGAGAGGGUCACAGUCCUGGAUCACCACCUCCAGCCCGGCCGAAGGACGAAUUCCAGCAACAGGGCCACCUUCGAGUACCAGCUGGCUACAGUCUUGGACACGAUGGGGGAAGCCUCAGCCAAGGCCCAGCUGCUGUCUGCGCCUAUCACCAGUGCCUUGCGGAUGCAGAGCAACCGGCACCGGCUGUACCUUCUGAAAGACGGGCAUGCUAACCACGGGAAGGGAGCCGCCAUUGGUUUCCUGAAGGUCGGCCACAAGAAGCUGUUUGUGCUGGAUGGGCGAGGUGCACACAACGAGAUGGAGCCCCUGUGUGUGCUGGACUUCUAUGUGCAUGUGUCACUACAGCGACAUGGUUACGGCAAGGAGCUGUUUGACUACAUGAUUCAGUAUGAAGGUAUUAAACCUCACCACUUGGCCAUCGAUCGUCCCUCCAGCAAGUUCCUCUGCUUUCUCAGGAAACACUACGGCCUAGCAGCCACAAUCCCUCAGGUUAAUAACUUUGUGGUGUUCGAAAAUUUCUUCCGGGACAGGCAGAUGCGUGGGGAAAGGCUGGUUCACAGGACUAUCCCCAAGAAAGUGGAACAGGAUAUUAAACCAUACUCCAUUACCGUGCGGGAUGGUGCCCCUGAAGAUCAGGAGCUCCCCUGGCCAUUCAACCAGUCGCCCUCUCUGACUCGCUCAAACAGCUUGGGCCGCAGCCCCCACCGGCAGCCAGGCCGACCCCAGCUCAGCCACCAGGAGGCACUGCGACACAUCAGAGUGGCACAUCCCCAGUCAGUGAAUGGCGGUAGGGAGACUGACAACCUCGUGGCCCAAAGGAGGAGAACCAGCACACCUGAGCAGCAGGGAAUGGUCGCCAUGGGGAACAUGUACAGUCGCUACAACAAGAAUAGCGCCCAGUCUCCAGAAUGCAUGGCAGAGCGGUCAAGGCCGGCAGGUUCCGACCAGGACUUGUCGGGGCGGACCGAAGAGCUGGAACUAGGAGUAAUGGAUUCACCAACCAGCCCGUUGGACCAGCCAACCCAGCGUGUGCCACCGUUGGAUCUUAAGGGCCUCACCUGCGACUUGGACUCGAACCGGAUGCUGUUGUGCGCCGGAGACUUCGAACCCCCGCUGGCACCCAGGGCACUGGAGCGGCCCCUCACCGGACUUCGAAUCCAGAAAGAGAUGUCCUCCCUCGCCAGGGAACCCCGGGCUCGGGAAACCCCCAGCCUCGGGAAGCCGGAGGAACGUCCCGCAGGAGGGACAAGGGAUGGCGACGGGAAGGUUGCCUCGCUGCAGCAGCCCCAGCGUGAGGAAGAGGCCGCCCGGCAGCCUGGGCCAUACAGCGGGAAGGAGCAAGGCAGUUCCAUCCCCUGGGUCGAGCUAGGGGUUCCCCUCAGCGCCCAGUGGAUACGACGCAAGCAUGAGUUCAGGAACACCAGGCCCUGGUGAACCCUUGGAGGACCCUGGGUUUCCUGUAAUAUCACGGCACUGCCUUGUCCCUGCCAAGUAACAGGACCUCCCCCACCCUUCACCAUUCCCCAUGCUGGGAGUCACGCAUGCAAAUUUGUGUGUCAUGGUUUUUUUUAAAAAGGGAGAAUACGAGGAAAGAGAAGAGAAACAGUUGUUCCACAUUUGUAUUCUUCUGAUCAGGAGUCAGGCACAUUUCAGCCCCUUCCCUUGCCGAGAGCAACUGGUCAGUAACUGACAUCAGGGUUGUGCCUUUCAUCGCAUCUUGUGACCUUAACAGAUUUCCCACUUUCGGGGCAGUAACAUUGUGUGUUCUAUGGAGUGAUGCCUGUAUCAGCGCCAAACCUCCCCUGCUGAGCACGAUGAGCAAGAGCAAUGCCACAGGAGAUCUGCCAGUGCCUCAAUACUGAAGGUGGGGCUGGAUGGGGUGGGAGAUAAACCAAUAGAGCAAAGAACCUCAUCAGUCAGUGGAGUCAUCCACCCAGGGAUCAGCCAUCAACUUAACCAGUCUUCGUGUUCCUCACUGAAGAUGGAUGAUCACCAUUGCUUUUACACUGCCUUCUGUCUCGCUACAGUUGGAAUGCUUGAAAAAUCGUUAUAAGACUCCAGUGGAGUAAGACAGGAGGGGGAUGCCGGAUUGUGGAGGGAGUUCAGUGAAGCAUGUGUUGUACACACACAAACCUCUUGCUCUGCUUGAGCCUCCAUACCAAAGUAGUUAGGGAGCCGCAGAAGGAGAACAAAUGCUGGAUGUACUCAGCAGGUCUGGCUUCAUCUGUGGAAAGAGAAACACGUGACCUGAUGAAAGGUCAACUUGACCUGAAAUCCUUAGCUCUGUUCCUCGCCACAGAUGCCACCAGUCUUACUGAGCAUUUCCAGCAUUUUCUGUUCUUAAUUUCAGAUUUCCAGCGCUUGCAGUGGUUUGCUUUUGGAUUAGGGUUUCUGUUUUCCCGAAUGUGUGGCACAUACCUUAACCCGUGCACCCACUGCCGCAACCUAACUCUAAAUGUACACUAAGAUAAAAGCAAAAUGCUGCAGAUGCUGGAUAUCUGAAACAAAAACAAAAAUAGCUGGAAAAACUCAGCAGGUCUGACAGCCUCUGUGGAG